CAGGUGGCGAUAUUCAGGUUCGAAAUCUCGCGUGGCCGCCUCGGUUGGUGGCGAGACCUCAUUCCAGGCGGCUGGCACACACGAAAACCGUGCCAGAAAACGUUCGUACGCGUCGCGACGAAGGUCGAGAGUCGCGGUCCGCGCGCCGUCUACGCCGCCGAUCACACGGUAAAAGAGCAAUUGCCGUCGAGGCGUCGGAACGCGAUCGUCGAAGACACCGGGGGACUGUUCCGUGGAGUCGACACGUCGGUGAUACCUGGCAGGUGGAUCUGUUCCCGGAAUUCCAACGUUCGUCCGUCCUUUUCUGUUUGGCGCGCGCGUCAAGAGGCCGCGCGGCGCUCGUCGGCCGUGUCUGGUGAUUUCAAUGCUCGCCGCGGCCGCAACCGGAAGAGGGAAGCCCGUCCAGUGACAUCGUGCGCGAUUUUACGGAGUGUCGUGGUUCCCCGUAGGCGGAGGCACCCGGGCCCCAGUGGAUAGAAAGUAAGUCCGGCGAGGCAUUCCGGCUGGUACGAGAGAUGCUCGGACUGCGCGGCGACGAGCAUCGAGGAUUCCCGUGGACCACGCCGAACGCAGGAGUAUGAGGAGGUUGCACGCGGUGGCCAGCAGAGCGAGGUGCAGCGCGGACUGAGGACAGAGGAAAGCCCAGAGGAAGGAUCGCGGCAGGAUUUCUGUUAUCGGCCGUAUAUCGAUCAUGUAUCGGCCGAACUUCUACGAGAGCACGUGCCUGAGGUGCGCCCAAACGGUGUACCAGGUGGACAGGGUGGGUCCGCUGAAGGACUUCACGUUCUUCCACGCAGGGUGUUUCAAGUGCGCGAUCUGCGGGACGAAGCUGACCCUGAAGACCUACUACAACAACCAGCACACGAUCAACGACAAAGAGGUCUACUGCAGCAGCCACGUGCCCAAACCGGGCCCGGGCACCUUGGAUGGGUCCAGCGUGGGCAUCAGGAGCGCCCUGAACGUGCCGAGGAGCGGUUACGUCAACGAGCAGAUCAGAGCCGGUGGUGCGUCACCGCGCGGAGUUUAUCCACCUUGUUACGAUAAUGUAGACUCGCCUAAUUAUGCCAGGCACCUAAACGGACACGGUUCACCGCCGGCUACGAAUUCGUCCAAUCGUGAUUUCCAUGGGAAUGCCGGCGGAGGGGCGUCCUCGCCGUACAACCACAAUUAUGCCGGGGACGGGAGCUACCAGUACGGGAGAUUCGACGCGAGCGCGCUUCACAUCGCCCAUGCCCUUAAGCAGACGGAACUUCAGAAGGGCUACAGCAAGGCACGCGAGAAGCCCAUCGAUUAUUAUCUGGAUCGAGAUGAGCAAACGCGUCUGGAGAUGAAGCAUCGCAAAGAGGAGGACGACCUCUACCGGAAGUUCGCUCACCAUCGUGAAGAGGAAGACAGACGGAUUCGGGAGGAAUUCAGGGACGAAUGGGAGAAAGAGCUGGAGCAGCUAUCGGCGCGAUGGGAACGCGAAAAAGGCGGAAGAGUACGAACCCAGCAAUUUCAGCAGGAGAAGGAGGACCUGGAGAAGAACAUGACUCUCCGCAGGGACAAGAAGAAGGAAAGUCUCACGCGCAAAAUGCUGGAGCACGAACGGGCAGCGACGGCGGCGUUGGUGGAGAAACAGAGCUCGGAGAUGCUGGAGCUGAUCAAUGAGGCGAGAAGCGAGUAUAUGCGCCAGGAGAGCCUGUAUCUGGACGAGGGGGACGGUUAUGCCCAGGAAGCGCCGCCUAUGCCUUAUCCUUCGCGCGCGCCACCCCCUCAACCCCCGGCCCUCGCCAAGUAUCACAUCUACAAUGAUCCUCUGGAGUUUGCUGACAUGGAUCAGAUAGCUAUUUCGGUAGCCCAAGAAGAUCAGAAAACGUUCACGGAUCUGGUGCGACAGUUGGUGAGCAGAUGCGGGUCCGAUAUAGAAAAGGCGAGGACGAUAUUCCGGUGGAUAACCGUGAAGAAUCUGAACACCAUGCAGUUCGAUGAAAAUCUGCGCGGGGACACGCCCAUGGGGCUGUUGAGGGGGAUAAAACACGGGACAGAGAGUUACCACGUUCUGUUCAAGCGACUGUGCAGUUACGCUGGUCUGCACUGCGUAGUGAUAAAGGGUUACAGCAAGUCGGCCGGUUAUCAGCCGGGAGUCUGUUUCGAGGACAACAGAUUCCGGAACAGUUGGAACGCGGUUUACGUGGCCGGCGCGUGGAGAUUCGUUCAGUGCAAUUGGGGGGCGCGACAUCUCGUCAAUGCCAAAGAAGUUCCCCGUCCAGGUCAACCAAAAGCCAAAAACGAUAGCCUCAGAUACGAGUACGACGACCAUUACUUCUUGACGGACCCUCGAGAAUUCAUAUACGAGUUCUUUCCUCUCCAAGAGGAGUGGCAGUUGCUCAAACAACCGAUUUCACUUAAAGACUUCGAAGAGCUGCCUUUCGUGCGAUCGUUGUUCUUCAGGUACGGCCUUUACUUUCCGGAUACGAACACGAACGCCGUUAUGUACACGGAUUCUACGGGCGCUGCGACCGUCAGGAUAGCUAUGCCGGCGCACAUGCAGUCGUCCCUCAUUUUUCACUACAACCUCAAGUUUUACGACAACGACGGCGACGGAUACGACGGCGUGUCGCUGAAGCGUUUCGUCAUGCAGUCCGUGGUCGGCAACAUAGUGGCGUUUCGUGUGCACGCGCCGUGUUCGGGAGCUUUCCUCCUGGACAUAUUCGCGAACGCGGUGACCCCGAAGGAGUAUCUGACGGGCGAGCCCAUGAAGUUCAAGAGCGUGUGCAAGUUUAAAAUCGCCUGCGAGGAACUGCAGACGGUCAUGGUACCAUUACCGGAUUGCGCGAGCGGAGAAUGGGGCCCCACGAAAGCGACGAGACUAUUCGGGCUCAUUCCCAUCACGCAUCAGGAGGCAUUGGUGUUCGCUGGUCGCGAGCUGGAGAUCCAAUUCCGAAUGUCGAGACCGUUGACCGACUUCAUGGCGACGCUGCACAAGAACGGGAUCGAGGAGAAACGCCUCUCCAAAUACGUCACGCACUUGAUCGCGGACGACGACGUGGUGACUUUCUCGAUCAGCUUUCCCGAGGAGGGCCAGUACGGUCUGGACAUUUACACCAGGGAAUCGACCAGCCCUACCAGCGUCCCUCACGACAUCACCGGCGAAAAGCACCUGCUCACGCACUGUUGCAAGUAUCUGAUCAACUCCAGCAAACGGAACUAGAUACGUCGACGGUCGUAGAGAACUUAUUUCGCUGAGAGGGGGGUGGCUCGAUCGAUCCGAUCGAGAAGACGAAUCGCAUCGCGGAUGAUCGCUAAAGGUGCUUCAAUUCCCUUUCCCGCCAUCGUGUGUGUCUUUUCAUCCACUCGGGGUAGGGUGGUCUAAAGUGACGCGACAAAGAACUAAUCCGCAAGAUUAGCCUUUACUUGCCAGUAAAUUAUCUGUUAACUAGCGAAACGGUAUCGAAAGGUGGUGUUUCGCGAUGGUAGCAAAGAGAACGGGAUCGAGGGUGCAACUGUUCCGAGAGGGUACGAGGAGAUCCUUGAGCGCGAGGAGUCCCGAGAGACGCCAAAUAUUGGGUUGCUGCAGCAUAUAAAAUAGGAAUACUGUAUUUAAUGUUUCUCAGCAAUUUCUGAUUAAGGUAACGAAACUGGGAAAAAGAUACCUUCAACAUUUCUUCCCUCUUUUAUCUCCUCAAGAUGAUAUAAAAUCCCAUUGGUGAUAUUUUAUGGGUGUCUGAUGAGAUAUUCAAUAAAUUCAACCCAUAUCAUACAUCCAUUAACAUUAAUAAUACAAUGUCUGUAUUGUACCAAACUUCCCGUUGGAUACUUCAUCGGGCACCCUGUAUAUCGACAACCAUAAAGGUGUUUAUUGCUGAAUCUAUUUCCACGCGCAGCGAGGAUUACCUCAGUAAGUUGCUCAAGCAGAUAAAUAUUGGUGAGGUACGUUUUACCGAGGUACAAACGCGACGUUUAAACGAGGGAGUAUCGUACCGCGUACAAGAAUCCUCAAGAAUCCCCAAGAAUUCCCAAGAAUUCCCAAGAAUCCCCUGCAGCGACCCGACGAUUCCAAGACGCGCUACCUCCACGUUCUUCGUAGUUAAUAAUAACGGUAAGCUUACUAAUAUUUCGACGUUAAUUAUCGAGGAAAAAUUAUGUCUAAUCGCGCGCGUGCUGCACGGCGGAAGGGCGCAAACGAGCAGCAUAAUUGUGGCGGUAGUCUAAGGUAUAUUCGAUCAGGGCCCUUAUUUAACUCGCUGAUUUUUUCCGGUGCCCGCUGUCGUUCGUGUUUUUUCCACGGGAAAGUUGGCAAUUAUAGUUUACUAGCUUUGGUGCUCCCCCGACCAAAUUAAUAAAACUUUCUCGCCCCCCGGUUGCCAGUUCAAAGCGAUAAUCCCAAUUACACCCGGGGUCAUUUUAAUUCAAUUCGUUGGAAUCGCGUUUCGCCGUUCGUUUCGCGUUUUCGGUCGUCGAAUCGAGGAGCACCGUAUUAUUUUAUUACGCGAGGUGCUUUGUGUAUAUUAAUUAUGGACACAAUCGUUUCGAUUUUACGGGGAUCCAUCGACGGGCCCCCGAGCAAUCUGCACGAAUAUUUCGGUUCCGUGGAUCUACGUGCUUCACGAUAAGUCUUCUAUGCUCUUAUGCAUGUUGAUAACAAUGUACAGCAUCGCCUCUCUUCUUGCGAACAAAUCGAGGCAGUUAAAUUUCAUGUGGAGAGGUUUGGACGAGAUUAUAGUAUUCUAGGGUUAAUUGCACAGCUGAUUCGAGGGGCGUGGGCCAUUCCGUUGCAAGUAACCGUAACGCAGACUGGCGCAAGAAGCGAGGCAGUGCUGUACAUCGAUAAAACAUUCCUUUUUCUUCUUGUCACGAACGACAGUUACAAGACGCUGACGAGCGUUUUAAUUUCCAUUGAAUUUCUCGAACUGUGCGUAGGUUUCGGGGAUUAUUUAUAGUACGGUAUGAUUCAGAGGGCCUUUGAAAUCGUCAAACUUUGCGGUUACGGUGGUUUCCGAAGUUCAGGUGCUAUAUGUUACUCUGUCACGACUAGUUGCACAAUUCUAGUUAUGUUUGAACGCGAGAAGCGUGAAUAUGCUAAACUGUUCGGGCGUGCUGCGACGCUUUGCAGGAAGGAACCUUUACAGGAAGCUUUCGCGUUUUCGAAAAUUAAAGAAGUAACUUGUUUAACAAUUGUGUUAGAAGGAGCGAGAAAUAUGUAGGUUCCAUUCCUGCGAAACGAAACACGUUGGCGUGUCCACACUUUCCACGGCAUGACGCUCAGAGCGAAGAAAAAAUUGUUUUUAGUAAUAAAAACUAUAUAUUUGUUAAUUUUUUGUAAUAUUAAUA